GGAGCCCAAACUUUCCAGUAGCACUACCGGCGGCUGCUGCACCAGGGUUACUGGCACACUUCAAACAAAGAACUCUUGAUUCUGAUACAUUUGCUACCUAGCAAAUUAGUGAGACAUUUCAUUUAGAAUUUCUUUGCAUUUCCAGUGAAGAGGCCCCUUGGUGUGAAAAAGAGAAAAUGAUAGCUCUGCUUUGCACCGCUUUGCUUUCUCUGACCCUGGCCAGCAGUGUGUACAGUGAUACCAACAGCACUGCUUCUGCACCAGUCUACGCAGCAGAGACUGAACUUGGUGAUCAGAACCGUGUGUUUGCCAGUCGCGGCUCCAACAUCACUCUACAAUGCCGGCUCCACCGCCAGCACGGGACGUCUUUCGGCCGCAUGGGCAUGAGGAUCAAGUGGACCAAGCUGUCCGCGGAUGAGUCACUGGAGGAAGAUGUGCUGGUUUCCAUGGGCUUCCACAAGAAGAGCUAUGGCAGCUUCCUGGGCCGUGUCCGCCUGCUGGAGGCCGACGAUGACGAUGCCUCACUGCUCAUCAACGACGUGUCCCUGGACGACAUGGGAAAGUUCCGUUGUGAGGUCAUUGAUGGCAUGGAGGAUGUCAUUCAUGAGGUUACCUUGGAGGUGCAAGGUAGUGCAGGCUACAGCGAUGGUGUGGUGUUCCCUUACUCCCCACGGCUGGGCCGAUACAACCUCAACUUCCACGAUGCUGAGCAGGCUUGCCUGGACCAGGACUCUGUGGUGGCCUCCUUCGACCAGCUCUACGAGGCCUGGAGGAGUGGCCUUGACUGGUGCAAUGCCGGUUGGCUGAACGACGGCUCCGUGCAGUACCCCAUAACCAACCCCAGACGGGCCUGUGGAGGAGUCAACUCCGGUGCGGGCCUGAGGAGCUACGGCCAGCGUGACAAGUCCAAGAGCCGUUACGAUGUCUUCUGCUUCACCUCUGCCGUCAACGGCCGCUUCUACUGGCUGGUGCAGCCCGACAAGCUAACGUUCAACGAGGCUGCUCAGGCGUGCCAGGAUGAUGGAGCUGAGAUCGCCAAGGUGGGCCAGAUGUAUGCUGCAUGGAAGCUGAACGGCUAUGACCGCUGCGAUUCUGGCUGGCUGGCUGACGGCAGUGUCCGCUACCCCAUCUCCAGACCCCGCAGGAACUGCAGCCCGACAGAGGCGGCUGUGCGCUUCGUGGGAUUCCCCGACAAGAAGCAAAAGCUCUUUGGCGUCUACUGCUUCAAGGGCCAGCAGUGAAGAGGAAAGGUCUUAGCCCUGAGCACCAAACCCAUAUAACCCAUCAAAGAAAAACAACGACAACAACAACACCAAUAAACAGAAGAUGCAUGUCGUAGCAUCAGCUCAUUACCUUACCAAUACUGUGAUACAUUUUUUUAAUGAAUACUGUAAAAUCUCAUUUAUGAUCUCAAUUUUUUGUAAGCUGAAACAAGCGUUAUUCCUUAACAUUUUCAGUCAUGUAAUAUGUUGCUCAUAUAAUAUAACGAUACCAUUUUUUAGUUAUACAAAAUGUUGGUCAUAUAAUAACACAGCACUAUGGUUGAAAUGGACUGGAUGAGUUACGUCUUCUAAGGGCUAGAUUCAAUCAGAUCCGCUUUAGCCAUAUAGCGGUUGUUUUAGCGGUGUGUUGGAGGUGGAACUGCAUUAGAGCUGUCAAACCGGUGAGCAGCUGGUCUUGAUCAUUGUUGCAAAGCCACAACCAAAGCCACAUCCAGUCGCAUUAAAAUUG